AACCUUGUUUCCUUUUUCCUCCUCGUUUCUCCCCUUCUACCUUCGACACACAUCUCUUCUUAACAAAUCUCUCUCUCUCUCACACACACACACACAUCGUAUGAAAAAUGUCGGCUUCAGCUCCUUAUCUACACUAUCAAGACUACCUAAAGACAGCAGUUGCUUCUCAACUCCUCUCCGAAAGAGGCUCCAAUCUCGUCGUCAUCAAUCCAGGUUCUGCAAACAUCCGGAUAGGUCUAGCUCAACAGGACGUUCCUUUCAACAUCCCUCACUGCAUUGCUCGACGCACCACUGGAGCCAACCAAGCUCCUAAAAAGAUAGUGCAAGAUCAGUUGCUUAAUUCUCAGGUUACCACAGCUCAACACGUGGAGCGUGAGAAGGCUUAUGAUAGUAUUGCAUCACUGUUGAAGAUUCCUUUCUUAGAUGAAGAGGUUGCAAACAACUCAUUCACACGGAAGAUGGGGCGUGCUGAUGGAUACGCUAAUACCCCGCAGAGCAACAGGAAGGAGAUUGCAUUCACUUGGACCAAUGUGCUUGAGAAGAAACUUGAUUCAUCUUCAACAUUACCAGACAGUUCCCCAAACAAAGGUGAGGUUGGCGGGCCCACAGACCUGAAGGAAGGUACUGCCAGCAAGGAGCUUGGUUCAAGUGAAUGUAAAUUAAAAGAGUAUAUCUGUGGCGAGGAAGCUCUAAGAAUAUCACCUACUGAGCCUUAUUGCCUACGCCGUCCAAUUCGCAGAGGUCACCUUAAUGUGUCUCUAUAUUAUCCUAUGCAGCAGGUAUUUGAAGAUCUUCAAGCCAUCUGGGACUGGAUUUUGAUUGAGAAGUUGCAUGUCCCUCAUAGCGAAAGGAACAUGUUUUCCGUUGUUCUGGUAGUGCCAGAAACAUUUGAUAGUCGCGAAAUAAAGGAGAUGUUGUCUAUCAUAUUGAGAGACUUGCACUUUAGCUCGGCUGUGGUCCACCAGGAAGGUCUAGCUGCAGUUUUCGGAAAUGGGUUAUCAACGGCAUGUGCCGUAAAUAUUGGUGCCCAGGUGACUUCAGUCAUAUGCAUUGAGGAUGGAGUGGCUCUACCUACUACACAAAUGACUUUACGUUUUGGCGGAGAGGAUAUAUCAAGAUGCCUUCUCUGGACACAAAGGCAUCAUCAGACAUGGCCUCCGAUUCGUACUGAUGCCUUGGCAAAGCCUGUGGAUUUGUUAAUGCUUAACAGACUUAAAGAGGCGUAUUGUCAGAUUAAAGAGGGGGAAGUUGAAGCUUUAGCUGUAGUUCAUUCUUAUGAAGAUGGCAUGCCUGCUGGAUCUCAUAAGACAAGACUAGCAGCUCUGAAUGUUCCUCCUAUGGGCCUCUUCUACCCCAUGCUUUUGGUUCCAGAUGUUUACCCUCCACCUCCUCGUUCUUGGUUUAAUGACUAUGAAGAUAUGUUGGAAGAUACAUGGCAUAUGGAAUUUCCAAGAAGAACAGACUUGUCAGAUGGCUUCUAUCCCAGCCUUAAUGGUGGGUUCCCAAUGUGGGACAGUUACCCAUCUUUCCAAACUAAACCAAAGAAAGAAGAUAACAUUGGCCUUGCAGAAGCUAUAACAAAGAGCAUUCUUUCAACAGGGCGUAUCGAUCUCCAAAGAAAACUGUUUUGUAGCAUACAACUGAUUGGUGGUGUGGCUUUGACAGCUGGUCUGAUUUCUGCUGUGGAGGAGAGAGUAUUACACGCGAUUCCUUCACAUGAAGCAAUUGACACAGUGGAGGUUUUGCAGUCGAGAGCAAAUCCAGCUAUGGUGCCAUGGAAAGGCGGGGCAAUUCUUGGUGUUCUUGAUUUCGGCCGUGAGGCCUGGAUACAUCGAGAGGACUGGAUUCGCAAUGGGAUCCACAUUGGAAGUGGCAGAAAAUACAAGGAUUCGUACUUUCUUCAAGCACAAGCAAUGUGUUACAUGAAUUCUUGAAAGAUGGCUGCAUCCAUUUGUGUAUAAUUAGGUGUUCAAUGGAGACGCCCAUUCUUGGAAGAAACCUCUGGUUAGAGAAGUACUCAUAUACACGAUUGGAAUUCGGCAGUAAUUGAUGUUGGAGACAAAUUGGCUUGGCAUGCAUAUGCCGAUAAUGGGGCUUUACACUGAAAUCUAGCUACGAGGUGGCCCUGGUGAUAAAAGGAAACAUUUUGCUGAAGGGUGAGGGAGCAGCUACCUCUAUGAUGAAGAGCUUUCGGAAAUACAUGUCUUGGGAAGCAAUGAAGUUCGAUCGUAUCAAGUAUAACAUUGACGACUAUACAUAAUUAAAAUUAGGGCCCUUGAAAUUAUAGAUGUUCUCCCGCUUUCUGUGAAUCUAUAUCAGGAGUUCUUUUGAUGGGCCGUUCAAAAAAAAAGUUCUUUUGACGGUCAUUCGUAUGUAUGGCUCGGGUUCUUUUCUCCUUUCCUUCUUGCUGCCACAUCUGAUGUAUAAAUCUGCUGAUAGAAUCUUAAAAACGCUUUAGUGAAUUGUUCUUCUAAAGUAGGAUACCGCCUUCGAUA